AUGAUCUUUAAAAUUAUUUUUUAUUUAAUUUUAAUUAAAUUUGGAGACUCUCUAGAAUGUAAACGUUAUGUUUUAAAUGAUUAUCCAAUGGGAAAUGCUGUAGAUUUGGGAAAUAAAAUAUUGGCAUCGAGAGUUAGAAACGAAACUUGUCAAGAUGAUGAUAGUUAUUGUGUUACAUAUACUCGCCACUACAAACAUUUAAACUCUACAAUAACCUCGCGUUCAUGUGAAGGUUUUUGGAGAUUAAUAGUAUUGAUAAAUAAUGAAAAUAAAGGUGAAAAUGAUAUUGAUACUAAUUGUGAGAAACAUGAUGGAAAAUUACACGAAACAUCUUCAUUUGAUUAUUCUGUUAAUUGCUGCAAAUCAGAUUUUUGCAAUGAGGCGUAGGAAUUUUGGAAGAAAACGAUUAAAAAACGUGUAUAAUUUAAUUAUUUUUGAUUUAUAGAAAAAAU